AUGGGUGAGCAAACCCACUACCGAGCCCAGCCGUGCUCUGGCACCAACCCCAGGAAAUGCCAGGACCUAGGAGACUCAAUUCUUCUGAUCCUGGGCAGCUUCAUCUUGCUCAACGUGGGGAUCAAGGUGGUGACUCUGAUCUGGAGGCAUUUGAAGAGCUCCUUGUGGACACUUUUCAAUCAUAUUUUCCCCAAAGACAAGGAAGCCAGCUGUGUAGGCAGCCAUCGCAUGUGCGUGCGCUGCUCCGUGGAUCCCAAGAACCUGUGCUCAAGAGUUCCUUCCCGCUUCCGCCAUCGCCCAAGCUUCCUGCUCGGGCACCCAAACCACCUUGACUCGUGGAUACCAGUCACAAAACAUGAGAAGGCUUCUGGGUGCUGCUGGAGGCCGCCUCAGUGUGGACGGGCUGGGGCUCCCAUGGAGGCUCCACGGGGACUGUGGAAGGAGGGGGUAGUGGGCGCUGGCGAGGCCCCUCCGGUCACAGCCUUAACGUCCCGAGCCACCUUUUGCUACAGGCAAGAGACAUCUUCCAAGCUCCGCAGGAUGAGCAAGGUGGAUGUGCUUCCACUCCGCCUGCCCCAAGAGAGCAAGACGAAGACCCCAGACUAUGACCCAGCCCAGGCCCCAGCCCGGGCCCAAACCCGCCCCCCAGUUCAGCCCCCUGCGCAUGCUCCUGCCAAGGCCCAGACCUUCUCCUCAGCCCACCCCCCUGAGCACACCCGCCCCCAGGCCCAGACCCCCUGCCCAGCCCUCACCCCGAGCGCAGCCCUGCCCAGGUCCAUGGCCCUGAGCAUACCUCAGCCCAUACCCCAGCCCAGGCCCAAGCCCAGGGCCCCUCAAAUGCCUCAGCCCAGUCCCUGGGCCACACUUCUGUCGGCACCCUGA